UCUCGUUGAAUUGCAGAAACUGGCACAUCUCCUUAGCAGACCACGAGAUUCUCUUCUUCUUCUUCUUCUGCGAUGGAAACCAGAGGACCAGAGGUUAUCAGAGACAAAGAAGCGAUGAGGAAAUGGUCGAGAUCUGUGAGAUCGCAGGGCAAGACCAUCGGCUUCGUCCCGACGAUGGGUUAUCUCCACGAAGGUCACCUGUCGCUCGUUCGUGAAUCUCGGAAGCUCGCCGACGUCACCGUCGUGUCAAUUUACGUGAACCCAGGCCAAUUCUCUCCGACGGAGGAUCUUUCUACAUACCCAUCUGAUUUCGCCGGCGAUCUCGCCAAGCUCUCGGCGGUUCCCGGCGGCGUUGACGUUGUCUUCCACCCGAAAAACCUCUACGACUACGGAGUCGGAGAAGAGGGCGUGACCGGAAGUAGGAGAAUCGGAGGUGGUGGUGCGGUGAGUUGCGUGGAGAACGGCGGGUUGGGGCAUGAAACGUGGGUUAGGGUUGAGGGACUGGAGAAGGGUUUGUGCGGGAAGAGCAGGCCUGUGUUCUUCAGAGGGGUUGUCACCAUCGUGACGAAGCUUUUCAACAUUGUCGAGCCUGAUGUUGCUUUCUUUGGGAAGAAGGAUUAUCAGCAAUGGCGGAUUAUACAAAGAAUGGUACGAGAUCUCGACUUCGGGAUAAAGAUAGUCGGAUCAGAGAUAGUACGAGAACAGGACGGGCUUGCGAUGAGCUCAAGGAAUGUGCGGCUUUCAGCUGAAGAAAGAGAGAAGGCUUUGUCCAUAAGUAGAUCACUGGCCAAAGCCAAGGCUUUUGCAGCGGAAGGCCAAACCAAUUGCACGGAGCUUAAAGAUAUGAUCAUCCAAGAAAUUGUUGGAGCCUCUGGACGAGUGGAUUAUGUUGAAAUUGUAGAACAGGAAUCCCUGGAACCAGUGGAAAAGAUCAAAAGCCCUGUCGUGGUUUGUGUCGCUGCUUGGUUUGGGACAGUGAGGCUUAUAGACAACAUUGAGAUCAGCGGCUUUGCUUAGAGAUUUUGCACUUUCAUCUCUGCACCAUUGCCUUUUCCAUUACAUGAUGUGAUUAGAAAAUGGAAACACUUAUAUUUCAUAUAUAUAUAAGGGGGGACAAAGAUAUUUAAAUUUCGAGUUCUAAGUCAUCAUAAUGCAAGCAUCAUAGAGAUUACCAGAGUAAAGACUAUGGAGGAGAUUACUCUUGGAAGCUCUAUCCAUUUGCACC